AUCCGUGAAAAGCAAAGGCUGGAUGCAUUCAAAGUGAGAAAUAUAUAUAUAUAUGCAAGGAGAAUCCCCUUUCCCCUUUCCCAGGAGAACAUCUUCGGCAUCCUCAUCCAGAUCAAAGCCUCCAAACCAACCUUCGCAAAGGAAAAAAAAAAAAACUCCAAUUCGACGCCGCCAAACAUCUGAACACCGCAACGAUGAUCCCCUCCCUCGCCUUCCCACUGCUAUGGUCGGCCUUGGCACACGCCACCCCGACCGGUAUCCAACAGCAACCCGAGCUACCGGAGCUCCAGCGCCGCAGUGCCCUCAUAGUCCCCGUCCGAUCGAACCCAGACUUCAUCCUGGACGGCCCGGCCGCCCUCGCAGCCGCCUACGAACGAUGGAACAUGCCCGUCCCGGCGUCACUCGCCAACCACAAUAGUACACCCAAAGCUGACCGUCCAUAUCUAGCUGCCGUCGUGGCUGCAAAGAGUAGCAAUGACUUUUACUGGCUGACAGACAUCUUCGUCGGAUCAGCGACGCAAAAGAUGCCCGUCAUCAUCGACACAGCAUCAUCCGACUUCUGGUUGAUGUCCACCGACACCGAAUUGGGCGAGAUAGCCGUGAACGGCUUGCCCGCGCUCUACGACCCAGCAAAGUCGGCAUCGAGUCAGGAAGUCCCUGGCGCAAGAUGGGAAUCAUCGUACGCCGAUAGUUCCACGAGCUCCGGCAAGGUGUACUUCGACACCGUUGGUUUCGGCCUGGUAACGGACAAUAACCACUUCACCAUUGCCAACGCAACAAUUCAAUCCGCCGUCAACGUUGCUCCGCGGUGGGCCAUCGAGCCCAAGAUUAGCGGUGUCAUGGGUCUCGCCAAGAGUAAGCCCUCGUCCGUCAAACCCGGUAUGCCGUCCAUGCUUGAUCGCCUCAAGCCAUCGCUGCAUUAUGAAUGGAUCGGCAUCGACCUUCGACCUAAUUCGGAUAAGGGGUUCUUCUCCUUCGGGUACGCCAUGGGCACAGCGAACAACAAGGAGCCGCCCGUGGACGACGAUGAGCACUGGAGUUUCGAACUCAAAGGAACGCGCACGAGCUCCAUGAACGGCAGGCUGUGGAACAUGUUCAAGAAGCGUACCAUUGCCACCAUCGAUACUGGAAGCAGUUUUGUGCUUCUUCCUGGCGAUAUGGUUGCCAACUACUAUGCUGGCAUUCCCGAUUCGGCUCACGACCCAAAGCUGAAAGCCUGGGUGUUCCCGUGCGCUUCGGCUCCAAGCAUUCCUGACCUGCAGUUCCUUACAGCAGGCGGCUACGUGGGAACGAUUCUGAAGGAGUCUAUCAAUCUUGGCCCUGCGCCUGGGAGCUCCGAAAUGUGCUUUGGUGGGAUUCAAGGAAGUGAGAGUGGCGGUCGUUCCAUUUUUGGAGGUGUGGCCCUCAAGAGCAUGUACGUUCAACUGAAUUAUGGAGCUUCUGGAACCUUCGUCAGCUUUGGGGAAAAGAGCUCGCUCGAUGUUUGUUCGACGACGACAGCUUGUCAAUCAUAG